AUGAGUCCCCGUACCUCCAACGACCACCAGAAUGAGGUGAAGGAGAAGGAGUCGGCCCUCGAGGAGGUUGCCUCGAACCAUGAGGGUAUCGUGAUCGAUGACGCGACCCAGAAGAGGAUUGUGAGGAAGAUCGAUUGGUAUCUCAUGCCAGUGCUCUGCUUCACGUAUGCGAUCCAAUACUACGACAAGGCCGUCAUUUCACAAGCCGCCAUUUUCGGUCUUCGAGAUGACCUUGAUCUGCAGUCCGGCCUCCGCUACUCGUGGGUCGGCCUCGUCUUCUACUUUGGCCACAUGGUUGGCAUGUACCCUUGCUCUAUCCUCGCCCAGCGCUUCCGACCUAAGAGGGUCUGCUCGAUCCUCACUAUCGUAUGGGGCAUCAUCGUGCUCCUCACGCCCACCUGCAAGUCUUUCGCUGGUAUUCUGGCCAACCGGUUUUUCCUUGGCCUCGUAGAAUCCGGUGUCAGCCCCAUCUUCAUGCUUGUCGUCGGUCUUUGGUACACGCAGAAGGAGCAGUCCUUCCGCAGUGCCAUCUGGUACUCUUGCAGCGGUGGCAGCAUGCUCAUCAGCCCCUGA